AUGCUGUCGACGAUUUUAGUGGCCACUUUGGUCACGACAUUUACUUCAUUAUAUUUACUCGUCAUUCGACCCACAAAGCAACAGGGCCAGAUACCUCGCAUCGGCAAGAAACCAGGACUCUUGGGAAACACAUCCGAUAGCCAUUUCUUCAAACAUAGCUUGGAGCUCAUUGAAGAAGGGUAUUCAAAGUACAAAGAUUCUGUGUAUUCAUUAUGGACGACAGAUAUGGAUCGAGUCAUUGUUUCUCGAAAGUUCAUGAAAGAUUUCAGUGUUCUUCCAAGAAAACAAGUGCGUCUUACUGCAUCGGUUCGACACGCUGGUCCAUAUACUGGCUUCGAUAUUGCGGAGGAAAGUGACCUGCAGUUCCUUGUUUGUGCAGGGCAACUUUCUCAAAAUAUAGGGCGUCUUGCUCAGCCUACAUACGAUGAGAUAUUAUUUAGAAUAAACUCGAAGCUCAAGAAGACCGAGAGCAAAGAUGGCAAUUAUAGCUUUCCGCUGUUCGGUCUCGCCAUUGAACUUAUUACCAGCGCCAGUGCUCGUGCUUUUGUUGGACCGGAGCUAUGUAGAAAUCCAGAAUGGUUGGCUACCGCAACCGGUUACACUAUAGACUCCGGUAAUGUAGCUACCGAUCUCAAGAAGCACUAUAGACUUCUCCAUCCUAUCAUUGCUCCUUUCCUUAAAUCCUAUAAACAGAUCCGCACUCGGUUUUCUGUGGCCCGCAAGCUUCUACUUCCACUCAUACAGGAGCGCAGGUCAACUACUUCGAAAGAGCAUCCGGAUAUGGUACAAUGGCUAAUCGACUCUGCUCGUGGGCCUGAUGCAGAAAUAGACAAACUGGUAACGCGUAUGCUUUUUCUUAACGCAGCUGCGAUACAUACAACGGCAGAGGUCGCGACAAACGCCAUACUAGAUCUCUGUGCUAGACCGGAAGACCUGAAAACUUUGAAGGAAGAAUUGUCAAUGAUAACCGAAGAAGCUGAAGAUUCCGAUAUCACUGUUCGGACGCUAUCUUCUCUUAAGAAGAUGGACAGUUUCAUAAAGGAAUCACAUCGCGUAAAUACUCUUGGUUUAAUGACUUUCAAUCGUCAACUUGCAGUACCUGUAACGCUCUCAAAUGGAGUGACUCUGCCCAAAAACACAUAUAUAUCGAUGACCCAUUACCUUAUCAACAAAGAUCCCGAGCUAUACCCCUCUGCAAAUACGUUUGACCCUUUAAGGUUUUACACACAACGGCAAGAACCAGGUCAAGAGGAGCGAUAUCAAUUCUCUUCUUUGAGCUCAGAGAACCCAUCUUGGGGCGUAGGAAAGUUUGCUUGCCCAGGUCGUUUCUGGGCGAGUGCUCAAAUCAAAUUGUUGCUGAUGGUUCUCUUAAACGAGUUUGAGAUCAGCUAUCCGGAGGGGCAGACGGAACGCCCACAAAAUGUAGUCAAAGGCGAAAAGAAUCAAGUCAGUGUGAGUCAGCGAAUUAUUUUGAGAAGAAAAAAUUGA